AUGGACCCAAUGGUGAUUACAGCAAGAAAAGUUGGAGAAAGAAAGCUUCGAUGCAGUGUCAUGUCGGUUGCUGCUAUCUCUGCUUCGUCUCCAGAUGCACCCAAGGCAAGAGCUCCACGCAAACCGAGGACGGCUCCAGAGCAUCCGACUUACGCAAUCAUGAUAAACGAAGCAAUAACACAAUUGAAGGGGAAGUCUGGAUCAUCUGGGCCAACUAUUUUGAAGUACAUAACGCAACACUACAAAUUAGGAGACAAUGUAACUAUGAUCAACGGGAAUUUGAAACGCGCACUCACCAGAGGUGUUGCCAAGGGAGAACUGAAACAACUUGGUGGAACUGGAGGAACUCCAAGCUUUAAAGUCGUCUCUGACCGCGCACAGAAGAAGACUGCAACUCCAAGGGUGAAGAAGCCUGUUGCAAAGAACGCUACUGACGAACCGAAAGUAGGCAAAAAAGCUGUAGCUACUAAACCUAAUGCAGAAGAAAAAGCGAAGAGUCCCGCAAUAGAAACUGUGCCAAAGGUGAAGGGGAAGAGGACAGUCAAAUCCAAGGCAGUAAAGAGCGUCAAGUCUGUUGCGAAGCCAACCGUAACUAAGACGUAG